CAGAUUAACACUAAAGCCCCACAAUGUCCUUGAAACCACGAGUAGUUGACUUUGAUGAAACAUGGAAUAAACUUCUAACGACAAUUAAAGCUGUUGUUAUGUUGGAUUAUGUGGAAAGAGCAACAUGGAACGAUCGCUUCUCAGACAUUUAUGCUUUGUGUGUGGCCUAUCCUGAACCUCUUGGAGAGAGACUUUAUACUGAGACUAAAAUUUUUUUGGAAAAUCAUGUACGCCAUUUGCACAAGAGAGUACUGGAAGCUGAAGAACAAGUACUGGUUAUGUAUCACAGGUACUGGGAAGAGUAUAGCAAAGGGGCAGACUAUAUGGACUGUUUAUACAGGUACCUCAACACACAGUUUAUUAAGAAGAACAAACUGACUGAAGCUGAUCUUCAGUAUGGCUAUGGAGGGGUGGAUAUGAAUGAGCCCUUGAUGGAAAUAGGGGAGCUAGCUCUUGAUAUGUGGAGAAAAUUGAUGAUUGAGCCACUGCAGACCAUCCUCAUUCGGAUGCUCCUCCGAGAAAUAAAAAAUGAUCGCUGUGGAGAAGACCCAAACCAGAAAGUAAUCCAUGGGGUUAUUAACUCCUUUGUUCAUGUUGAACAGUAUAAGAAAAAAUUCCCCCUAAAGUUUUAUCAGGAAAUUUUUGAGUGUCCUUUUCUGAAUGAAACAGGGGAGUAUUAUAAACAAGAAGCUUCGAAUUUAUUGCAAGAGUCAAAUUGCUCACAAUACAUGGAGAAGGUUUUAGGUAGGUUAAAAGAUGAAGAAAUGCGGUGUCGGAAGUAUUUGCAUCCCAGCUCGUAUGGCAAAGUGAUUCAUGAAUGCCAGCAGAGAAUGGUAGCCGACCACUUGCAGUUUCUACAUGCAGAGUGUCACAAUAUUAUCAGACAAGAGAAGAGGAAUGACAUGGCAAAUAUGUAUACUCUACUUCGUGCUGUGUCAAGUGGUUUACCUCAUAUGAUUCAGGAACUUCAAAACCAUAUCCAUGAUGAGGGCCUUAGAGCAACCAGCAAUCUUUCUCAGGAAAAUAUGCCAACUCAGUUUGUGGAGUCAGUUUUGGAAGUACAUAGUAAAUUUGUCCAACUCAUCAACACUGUUUUGAACGGUGAUCAACACUUUAUGAGUGCCCUUGACAAGGCUUUGACAUCAGUAGUUAACUAUAGAGAGCCCAAGUCAAUCUGCAAAGCACCUGAGUUGCUGGCCAAGUACUGUGACAACUUGUUGAAGAAAUCAGCAAAAGGGAUGACAGAGAAUGAAGUAGAAGACAAACUUACAAGUUUCAUUACUGUUUUCAAAUACAUUGAUGACAAAGAUGUGUUCCAAAAGUUCUAUGCCAGAAUGUUGGCAAAAAGAUUAAUUCAUGGUUUGUCUAUGUCAAUGGAUUCUGAAGAAGCCAUGAUUAAUAAACUAAAGCAAGCCUGUGGUUAUGAAUUUACCAGCAAGCUCCAUCGAAUGUAUACAGACAUGAGUGUUAGUGCUGAUCUCAACAAUAAAUUCAACAACUUUAUCAAAAACCAGGACACGAUUAUAGAUCUGGGAAUUAGUUUUCAGAUAUAUGUUCUACAGGCUGGUGCAUGGCCUCUGACUCAGGCUCCUUCUUCUACAUUUGCAAUUCCUCAGGAACUGGAAAAAAGUGUACAGAUGUUUGAAUUAUUUUACAGUCAGCAUUUUAGUGGAAGGAAGCUUACUUGGUUACAUUAUCUUUGUACAGGUGAAGUAAAAAUGAAUUAUUUGUGCAAACCUUAUGUGGCCAUGGUCACAACAUACCAAAUGGCAGUGUUGCUUGCCUUCAACAACAGUGAAACCGUUAGCUACAAGGAGCUUCAGGACAGUACACAAAUGAAUGAGAAGGAACUGACAAAAACCAUCAAAUCCUUACUUGAUGUCAAAAUGAUCAACCAUGACUCAGACAAGGUAUGCAGUAGUGAUAUUUGUUUUGUGUUUUCAGUCUUGUGAUUUAAUAUGUAUGGAGGCUUUUUUAAAUAUAAAAAAAUUCAACUGUUUGCUUUUUUUCUAAACUAUUAUUGACCCUUGUGAACAAUUACAAAUCCAUAUUUUUAAGGAAAGAGAGAGGAAGAAGUAGACUGUGU